UCCACUCCAUUUUGAUGAGGAUAUUACAGAGAUUUUCUUAAAACAAACAGUCCCAUCUCCGCCUCCUCCUGUUCCCAAACUUUGAAGAGCUUUUUCCUGUCUGAGCAGUCCCUGAAAUGACUGUACUUGCUGGGAGUUGCGGCGUAAGUCAGCACCAGAGCUGGAUGGGAGUCGGGCUUUUUUCUUCACAACUUGUCUGAGCAAGAGCAGGUUGUUUUGUGCAGUGGGGAACUGGAGUUCGGCUGCAUCAUGGCAACGGUGGUCACCGAAAAGCUUAGCCGCCUCUUCAUUAACGUGCGGCAGGUCCCUCAGCUGCUGGCCCCCCUCUCUCCCUCCACCGUCAGCAGUUCGGAGGUGCCGAAGGUCUUCUGGAAGCCCUACAUCCACACCGGCUACCGGCCGGUGCAGCAGACCUGGCGCUAUUACUUCUCGACGCUCUUCCAGCAGCACAACGAAGCCAUCAACGUCUGGACCCAUCUGGUGGCCACGCUGAUCCUGCUGCUGCGGUUCCAGCAGCUCUCGCAGCGGGUGGAUUUUGGACAGGACCUGCACGCCCAACCCCUCCUCAUCAUCAUCGUGGCGUCCAUCACCUACCUGACGUUCAGCACCCUCGCUCACCUUCUGCAGGCCAAAUCCGAGUUCUGGCACUACAGCUUCUUCUUCAUGGACUACGUGGGGGUGGCCAUUUACCAGUACGGCAGUGCUCUGGGGCACUACUACUACGCCAUCGAGCCCAGCUGGCACGAGAAGAUCAAGGGGUUUUACAUGCCGGUGGCUGUCCUGUUAGCGUGGCUGUCCUGCGCCGGUUCCUGCUAUGCCAAGUACCGGUACCACCAGUCCGCUCACCUUCUGAGCCGGCUCUGCCAGGAGCUGCCCUCCGGCCUGGCAUACAUGCUGGACAUCAGCCCCGUGGUCCAUCGCAUCUACACCGCACUGCCCUCCGAGCGAGCUGACCCGGCCCUUCUGUAUCACAAAUGCCAGGUGCUGUUUUUCCUCAUUGGUGCCUUUUUUUUCUCACACCCUUACCCUGAGAAGUGGUUCCCCGGGAAAUGUCACUUCUUUGGGCAGAGCCAUCAGAUUUUUCACGUGUGCCUCGUACUCUGCACGCUGGCGCAGAUCGAGGCGGUGGUGUUGGACUAUGAGUCCAGGCGACAGAUCUAUUCUGCUCUUCAGGGUGAUUUGGCGCACAACUUCUCUGCCCUGUGCCUCUUCACUGUGAGCUGCUCUGUCCUCACAGCUGCUUACAUGGCCCGGAAGGUGAAAAACAAGCUGAGCUUCAAAGAAGACUGAGAGCCCUGAAGGAGAAGCAGGUGAGCUCACCCGAACGGUUGAGCUGUGGCGACGAAUCCAGCCACAAACUUCGAGGAGAAGAGGAAUGAAACACUGCGAACUGUUACUCGGUAGCCCUCUCUAUAGGGAGGGAAAGUAAGAGCUGCUUUUGAUGCUUUUCUUUUUUAAUUCAGAAUUAG